AUGGCAGAAAGGACCUACGAUGAUGCAAUCAAUGCCUUGAAUACACUUCAAACACCAUACGAAGUCCUCAAGAAGAGAUGGGAGGCUGGAAUCAAACUCGAUGAAGGACAAGAUGAUCUCAGGCGCUUGAAUGUCGUUCACGUUGCUGGCACCAAAGGGAAAGGGUCUACGUGCGCUUACGUAGACUCGGCAUUGAAUAGUUAUAGAACGUCACAUGGUUUCCCGAAAAAGGUUGGACUUUUCACAUCACCCCAUCUUAUCGCUGUCCGCGAAAGAAUCCGGAUCAAUUCAGCACCCGUAUCCGCUCCUCUAUUUGCAAAAUACUUCUUUGAGGUUUGGGAUCGUCUGGAAGCAGCAGCAGCUUCUUCGAGCGAACCGUUCGAGAAGCCUGUUUAUUUUAGGUAUCUAACUUUGAUGUCUUAUCACGUUUUCCUCCAAGAGGGCGUUGAUGCUGCAAUUUAUGAGGUUGGAGUUGGUGGCGAGUAUGAUUCAACGAAUAUCGUGGAUCAACCGGCGGUGACGGGUAUCACGUCGCUAGGAAUUGACCAUGUGUUUACACUAGGAGAAACGCUUGACAAAAUUGCAUGGCACAAAGCUGGAAUUCAGAAGGCGGGAGUCCCAUCAUUUACAGUGCAACAAAAGCCAGAAGCAAUGAAAGUAUUAGAAAAUAGGGCUCGAGAGAAACGAGUAGAGUCUUUCAAGAUAGUCGAUUUAGACCCAAGACUAAUACAAGUGAAAAUAACACCUGAAGCAGAUUUUCAGAGAGGAAACGCAAGUCUUGCCAUAUGUUUAGCCGAAACAGUUCUGAAGAAAUUGAAUCCCGAGCUCGACACAUGGGAGCAUUUCCUACCAAUAAGUGUCGUAGAAGCUUUAGAGCGAGUUGUCUGGCGAGGAAGAUGCGAAACAAAGGUCGAUGGAAACAUCACCUGGUACUUAGACGGCGCACAUACCGCUGAUAGUAUUGUGGUCGCAGCAAAAUGGUUUAGUGAUAAGGUAGCUGAAAAAAAUGGCCCUCGAGUUUUGAUUUUCAACCAACAAGGCCAUCGUGAAGCUAUAGGGUUACUCGAGGGUCUCCAUAGCGCAACUAAAGAAUCCAUUAAAUUCGACCACGUCAUAUUUUGCACAACCUCAAUUCAGAAAGAAAAUGCAUCCAAAACAGGUAAUAGCGCAUCACCAACACCAACCGAACAUCUACUGAUUCCACCAGAUUUCGUCAAUCUUUCCUACGAUCCCAAAUCGAUAUCUGAGCUUACGAUGCAGAAAGCCUUUGCCGAAAAAUGGCGCUCGUUAGAUUCAAACCCUGAUACCGAUGUUCAGGUUCUUCCAAGUGUAGACGAUGCGCUUGAAUAUGUGCGGAGUUUGUCCACAGAUGAUGCGCAUCCUCAGGCUUUAAUUACUGGAAGUUUGCAUUUGGUUGGCAGAGCAUUGGGUAAUUUGGAAAAGAGGGAUGCACUGUAG